AUGUUUGUUGAUAACUUGGCUAUGUUCUUCUCCUCGCUGAGCAUUCAAGAAGCCGAAGAAUACCUGCAGACGGCUAUCAAUGUGCUAAUGGAAAAUUUCAAAAAAAGAGGAUUUAAAUUGUCUAAAACUAAGACAUUCGGAGUUCAUUUUUGUAAACUACGAAGUCCACGCGAUGAUCCAGAGCUGAACUUAGCAGACAAGAGACUUCAAUUUAAACGGGAGGUGAAAUUUCUGGGCGUUACUUUCGAUUCUAAGUUGACAUGGGCAUCACACGUAAGAGAUCUGGAGGUGAGAUGUAAACCUGUUCUAAACUUAAUGAGAUGCAUAUCUGGUAUAAGUUGGGGUGCUGAACGAGAAGUCCUGUUGAAUAUCCAUCAAGCUCUCAUUCUAGCAAGAAUAGAUUAUGGAUGUGUGAUAUACGGAUCUGCUAGGAAAAGCUGGUUGAAAAAGUUAGAUAGUAUACAUUAUAAUGGGUUGAAGAUAGCUAUAGGCGCUUUUCGUACUAGUCCAAAGGAGUCGGUUUUUGUGGAAAGCGGUGUUUCCCCACUUAACAUAAGGAGAAAACAACCGAUGAUGAAUUAUACUUCAAAAAUUUGGGCUCAACAAUCACACCCAUUACAUGCCGUUCUUUUCGGUCCUGCUAAUUCAGGGGGGGAACGGGGCUCCAUGAAAUCAUUAAGAGUCCGACUGCAUGCGAUCUUAGAUCAGCAUGACCUUCCCCAGGUAUUUCCACUUGAUGUCUACGAGCAAAUACCUUGGCAAUAUGAAACUCCGUGCAUACACCUAGAAUGCUCUAAAUUCAAAAAACAAGAAACAAACGAAACAUUGCUUCAGCAAACAUUCUUGUCGGUGAUAUCAAGAUACAGGGACACUUCAGAAAUAAUUUAUACUGACGCCUCAAAGACGAAGGAUGGUACUGCAUGUGCAAUAUUUGUGGCUGGUUCAUCCCAUUCAUGGAACCUUCACCCAGCCUCCAGUAUUUGCACAGCAGAAAUGUAUGCAUUGUGGCAAGCGUUAAAAUACUGCGAUUUAUCAAACGGUACUUCCUAUGUGGUAUGCACGGACUCUUUGAGCUCCCUGGAGAAGAUUCGAUAUCCCUUCAAUUGCGAUGGUCUCACUUCUCAGAUCCAGGCCUCCCUCGCAUGGCUGAAGGAGCAAUCAAAAUCUGUAGUAUUCGUCUGGACCCCCUCUCAUUCCGGAAUUCUAGGUAAUGAAAUGGCCGACCAAGCUGCAAGAGCAGCAGUAACCAUGAACUACGUAGACAAUUGUUUAGGUGGAGUCAAUCAAACUGACCUCAAGAUUCAUUUCAAAGAAAAAUUUAUGAUUGAGUGGCAAACUGACUGGGACAAAAGCAAUGCCAAACUAAGGGCUGUCAAAAAAACAGUGGAAAAGCGAAGACGAAAACAUCUGCUCAGUCGUACAGAAGAUGUUUCUUUGACCAGACUGAGGAUAGGACAUACAAAUCUCACAUCACUUUACAUGCUACGAGGAUCUCAUCAGCCUAGAUGCCAGGAGUGUAACCAGGUACUCACAGUUCAUCACUUAUUGUUAGAAUGUGAAAAAUACCGAGCUGUACGAAAUGAACUGAACAUGAGCGACACUAUUGAAACUGUUUUAAUGGAGAAGCCUGAGCAUGAAGAAAAAGUUAUAAAAUUCCUACAGAGGACACAUUUGAUGGGAAAAAUAUGA